AUGGCAACAUGGAUUACUGAUUUCACAAUUUACAUCUCUAAUGAUGCUGGUUGUCCUCCUCAAAUAAAUGAAUACGAAAUGCACCUGCAAGAUCUUAAUGAAGGAUCCGGCGGUAAAUACGUAUAUGCUGGAUGUAAGAGUGAGAGAAUUUCUGGAAAUCAUGAUGACGCGGUAACUUCCUUAUCAUUUCUCGCUUUCUCAAGUCAACAAACACAAAAACCAGACGGCUGGCAAUUCUGGAAUCCCCAAGACUUGAACGUAGAUGCGGGUGGUAAAUUCAUUUAUAUAGUUUGGAAUAAGGGAGAAGAGACGGAUCCUAUCAUAGAAAUCGAUUUUGUGGUCAAUGAAAGUAAUGAUAGUAUUGAUAAGAAAGGUAUUUCGUGGACAAAAAUAAAUCAGGAUUUAAAUGAGGGUGCUGGUGGAAAAUAUAUAUUUUGUUCCUAUUUUAGAGGUCAUGCCUUGGAUGACCAAAUAUUUAAACGAUUCAAAUGGGAGAUACGCGGCAAGCUUGCGCGCAGCUCUGCGCCUCACUACAACGAAGAAGAAGGUGAUAAGAGCCAGAAAAUGGAUGAUGAUGCUAUUAAGUUUCUCGUUAAAAAUGACAUCAAAAAUGUCAUCAGCCUGAACGAGUUCAUCCUAAAUAAAGAAGAAAUCGAGAAAUUGCGGGAACAUAACAUUGACUACCUCCAUCUACCGGUUGAUGACUUCACUGCUCCAACAAUUGAUCAGUUACGCGAGGCAUAUGCGUCAUACAAGCAAGCUCUGACGACCCUUGUGUACUGCGGAUAUGGGCACGGCAGGACAGGCACAGUUAUCGCCGCAUUCAGUUUGAUUGGCCACCGAUACACCUAUGCCCAGUAUCAUGAAUUGUUCUAUGUGGAGCAAGAAGAGCAGUAUGAAGUACUAGAUAGAUUGGCUGAAGAGCUGUAA